AAAGUAGAUGAGGCUGGAAAUUGGUUUUUAAAUACACAAAAAUGAGUACCAGUUCAUACAUACACAUACAAAAGGCAAAAAUACAGACAAGGGAAGAAAAACACGAAACCUGAGAAAGAAAAGAGAAUUAUUAUUAUAUACAAAAGAAGAAGAGAGAAUCCCUAAAACUGCGAGCGUUUUCUUUGAGAGAGUAUGGGGGACGGAUGAUGAACGCAGGGACGACAACACUCGACGCCAUGAACGACGCCGACGAGAACUAUAACAAUACUACUAACGAUAAUAAUAAUAGUAGCGGUGAUAAUCUCAUCCGAGACGAUAUUAAUAAUAAUCGGAAGCAGAGGAAAGCAUGGGGAACGUGGGAGGAGUUGUUGUUGGCAUCCGCCGUCAAACGUCACGGCUUCAGAGACUGGGACUCCGUCGCCAUGGAAGUCCAGUCCCGGAGCUCUCUCCCUCGUCUCCUCACCACCGCUCAGAAUUGCAAGCAGAAGUAUCGAGAUCUCAAGCGCCGGUUCGAGGAGGAUGGGAAGGCCGAGACGGACGACGCAGAGGACGAAGACGAUAACAUCCCCUGGCUCGAACAGCUCCGGAGCCUUCGCGUGGCGGAGCUCCGGCGAGAGCUCCACCGAUAUGACGUCUCGAUACUGUCACUUCAGUUGAAAGUUAAGAAAUUAGAAGAGGAGAGAGACCGGAAACUAGAUCUGGACGGUGAUUCAAAGGGAGAUAGAUCGGAGAACGACGGGACUGAACCGGCGAGGCCAAACUCGGCGAAGGCGGAGGAGGAGUCUGAACGAGAGAACAUGUCCAUCAACGAGUCGAACUCGACUGCUUCGGGCGGGAAACCCGGCGCCGACGGCCAGGAGCGAGAGGAAUCGGCGAAUCUGGAUCCCGAUCCGGAUUGCAAGGCGGCGAAAGAAGAAACGUGGAGUAGGGGAUCGGAAGUGAGUCACUCGGGCGAGUUGGGCGAGUCGGGGACGUCGGAAGGAUUUGGUAGGACGUGGAAGAGGAAAGGGAGGAAGAAUAGGAGCGGCGAGGAAGGUCUCGUCGGCGGAGAGAUGAGGUCGGUAGAGGGUAAAUCAGAGCCGUUGAUUUCGUUCCUUGAAAUGAUUCGGGCCCAUUCGUGUGGAUCCUUGUUCGAACGCCGGUUUCGAACCCAGGAAACGGAGGAGUACAAGAGCUUGGUCAGGCAACAUUUGGACCUGGAGACAAUUCAGAAGAAGCUCGAACAAGGAUACUACUCUGCCUCCACCCUCUCCUUCUACAGAGACCUCCAUCUUCUCUUCACCAACGCCCUCGUCUUCUUCCCUAAAUCUUCCUCCGAAUCCACUGCCGCCCACCAACUCAGAUCCCUCGUCUCCAUCAAACUCAAUCAACAAUCCCCAAAAUCAACCUCACUUCCUCUGCAGAGUGAUCAUCCACUUCAUGUCAAACCUGACCCCGAUACAUCAGACUUGUCCCUUACUCAGCUGAAAUAUCCGGCCCCUCUUGUCGUUUGUAGGACGAGGAGUUCAGUUUCAACAAAGCCUUGCUUUAGCCAAAGAGGGGAGAAUAAACCGGAUGAGAUUUCGGGAGAAAAGGACAAGAUUGUGGCCAGUGUAAGAAGCUCGAAGAGAACAAACAAAGGGGUUUCAUCCGCAGCAAAGAAUAUCAAGAAACAGGCAGCCCCCGAAACAGAUUCAUCGAAGGAUACAAAGCAAGAGCCUCCUAAAACCGGUAAGAAGACACGAUCAUCCAGUAAGAAGAAGAGCGUAGCCGAUUUCUUGAAGAGAAUAAAGAACUCUCCAGCCAACUCUCCAAAGAAAGGAGGAGGAAGCACAGGUAAAGAACAGAACAAGAGUGGUGGGAGCGGCAAGAAAGAUACAAAAGCCAAACAAAAAGAACAGAGGAGCAACAAUGCCGAUAAAAGGAAGCCCGAAGAACACAACAGCACUCCAUUGAAAAAAGUCACAGGGAGACAACAGAGGAAGGCCGCCUCCUCUUCCGGCAAACAAGGUCGGAAAACCAGUGGCAGCUGUGGCGGGAAGGAUAGCAAACGGCCCAAGAAAAGAACUAGAAGGUAAAACGGUAAUAAGGGAUUUGUACAUUUAUUAUGUUAUCCGUAGUGAACCAAUGUAGCCUGAUAUUGAAGGACGGUUAGAAGUUGUAGGCGUUAUGGCUUUAGGCAUCAGUAUUCUUUAUUUAAACACAUUAGGCAAGUCAUAGUUCAGGGUUUUAUUU